CCCCUCCAAUAACACGUGGGAGGAAGAAGUGCAAGCCUAGGUGUUUCUCUGUUUUUCCCAUUAUGAGCUGGGAUUUAGGGGACUAAACUGGAAAUGCAAAGAAUUAGUUCUGGGAUUAUAUAGAUUUGCACUUUUGCCUUUUUUUUGCAAUAGAUUGUACAUAUUUUGCAAUAUUUUUGCAAUAUUUUUGCAAUAUUUUGCAAUAUUUUUGCAAGGAUUAUUUUUGCAAUUUCUUUUUCAAACUCACCUCCUCUCCUUCCCAGAAAUGGCUGAAGAUCACCCUCUCUCUAUGGUGACUUGCACAGCCCCCAUCAACAUUGCUGUCAUUAAAUACUGGGGAAAACGGGAUGAAAAACUCAUCCUGCCCAUCAAUUCCUCCCUCAGUGUCACGCUGCACCAAGAUCAGCUCAAAACCACCACGACGGCGGCCAUCAGCCGGGACUUUACCGAGGAUCGCCUUUGGCUCAACGGCAAGGAAAGCGAUAUUGGGCACCCGCGCCUCCAGUCCUGCCUUCGGGAGAUUCGCCGGCUGGCGAGGAAGCGCCGCAGUGGGGACACCAAGGGCCCCAAGGGUGGAGAGCCUUCCCCGCUGAGCCUGACCUACAAGGUCCACAUCGCCUCCGAGAACAACUUCCCCACCGCGGCCGGACUGGCCUCUUCCGCCGCUGGGUACGCCUGUUUGGUCUAUACUUUGGCCAAGCUGUACGGCGUGGAGGGCGACCUCUCCGAAGUGGCGCGCAUGGGCUCCGGAAGCGCCUGCCGCAGCAUGUUUGGGGGCUUCGUCCAGUGGGUCAAGGGGGAGGAUGCCGACGGGAAGGACAGCAUCGCCGAGCAGGUGGCGCCCGAGACGCACUGGCCGGAGAUGCGCGUCUUGAUCUUGGUGGUGAGUGCGGAGAAGAAACCCAUUGGCAGCACAGCUGGGAUGCAGACCAGCGUCGAAACGAGUCAUCUUCUGAAGCACCGUGCCGAGAAGCUGGUUCCGGAGUACAUGGCGCAAAUGACGCGGCACAUCCGGCGUCGGGACUUCGAGGCGUUUGGGGAGCUGACCAUGAAGGACAGCAACCAGCUCCACGCCACUUGCUUGGACACCUUCCCGCCCAUCUUCUACCUCAACGACAUCUCCAAGCAAGUGGUGCGCCUGGUGCACCGCUUCAACGACCACUACGGCAAAACCAAGGUGGCCUAUACGUUUGACGCCGGGCCCAACGCCGUGGUCUUCAUGAUGGAGGAGACGGUGGCCGAAUUUGUGGAAGUGGUCAAGCGCAGCUUUCCUCCCGAGAACAACGGAGGACAGUUCCUGAAAGGCCUUCCGGUGGAGGUGGUGAUGCCGCCUGAAGAAUUGCUCUCCGCCGUCGUGAAGGAUCCGGCACCGGGCGCCAUCCAGUAUCUGUUGCUCACCAAGCCCGGACCGGGGCCGACAAUAGUGAAUGAUGGGAGCUGUCAUCUCUUGGGGCCUGACGGACAGCCCCGAAACAGCAGUGGCUGAAUCAAUGCUGGACUUGGGUUGGACUUGUUGCCAUUCAAGAAUGAGAUAAAUGAGGAACAAAAGCUGCCUUUUCAUGGGAAAUUACUGAUAUGAUGGAUAUGGGAUGAUUAUAUGUUGAUCGCGUGGAUUUUCAGAACACUUUCAGCUGAAGAAUGAUGGGUAUUGUAGUCUAACAAUAUCUGCAAGGAAGGCAUUGGCGUGCCUUUGACUUAACUGGGCUCUCGUAAUUCUUCCUUAUAUAUAUCCGUAUAUAUUUUUAUGGCCAUUGCAGAGGUUGGUAUCGUUUUCCAGCACAUCCCAGCAUCCCUUCUGCAAAGGAUGAUGGAAGUUGUCAUCCAGCAGCACCUGGAUGGCUGUAGUUUUCUCUGUCCUUUUUUCUCAACUUUGGUUUCAUUUUUACUGGGUCGCUUUUUUGAAAGUGAAGUGAAAGUCGAUUAAUUCUCA